GGUCGCGUGGUUAUGACGCAAUCGUUAGCCUAUCUUUACAAAAACCUCUGCUACGUAUCCGUAACGUGAGAUACAAGUUAAUGGAGCUCUUUUUAUACAUUGUUGUGUUUCUUUAGAAAUAAACAAUGGGCAAAUAGAGUCUUUAAACGCUUCAUAUGUAAAGUUAUUCACUGUCAAAGUGGCGCCAAAAUGAAUGGCAGUCAAUGGCAUGCUAACGGCAGAUGAUUGCUUGCUAACAUAAAAGUUGCGUCAUAGGAGCGUCGCUAGAGAGGAGAGGCCCCUUGGAGCUGUCCUCGUUCUCUAAAUAGGGUACAUCCAUGGCUGACAUGGCCAUUCUACACUAUCUAAACGCUUUAAUUUGUGAGCGGCUGACAGCGGCGGCUGUGGAGAUUUUCGGGGAGGUGGAGAAAACGUUGACAGAGUACCAGGGAGAAAUCAGCCGAUCCAAACAGGAGAUAGAUCACCUGAAAACCCUGGUGCUCUGGCCUCGAGUCAAAUUACAUAGAUCAGUGUCAUCCCUGCAUGCACUCUCAUGUCAUUCAGCAGCUCAUCAGGUCAUUGCUGUUUGCUGUGAUAAGGAGGCUUCUCCUGAGUGCUGCCCCUCAGAUGUGAGCCUGAGCACCCUGCAUAUUAAUGAAGCUGAUCAUGAAGGAUCGCCCUGCAGGCAGCAGGGCGAUACCACCGGCUCUCCUCAGUUUGUGAAAAGAGAAGACGUCGAGGAGCCGGCCUCAGACUUCUGCGUAACAUUGGCUGAUGAACAGACAUCAGAUAUUAAAGCCGAGCCGGAUUUCGACGAGUUAAUAACAUCUCCAUCAACCAGGGAGGCUGAGAUACCCUGUGGGAUAAAUCCAGAGUCUUUUGGACUUCAGCGAGAAGCCCUGAAAGAUCCGCUUGAGAUCACUCAUGGGCGGGAUGGGCUUGAUGGGCAGCAGGACACUGAACAAGACUGGAAGCCCAGUCAGGACCACAAGGACUCUGAUCCCCCUCAGAUAAAAGAGGAAAAGUUUCCAUCAUCUGGUCCCCAGGAAGUUACUAACCGCUACUAUGAACUCCCUCCUCAGUCAGAGAGCAGUUAUGAUGAGCCUAAUUCUUCAAGCCCAAGCCACAACCAGACUCGGAAAAGCAAAACAUUUUACACAUUGGAUAAAAAGAGAAGAGAUGUUGAAGGAGAAGGCUGCAAACUGUCCGGACUGACGGUUCCUCAGCCCUCUUACUACUUCAACCUAAACAAAACCGCAGCUCAGCGUGAAUACGAAGAGAAUACAGAAGGCGUGAUGAAUGGAGAAUGGAUUAAGACCCUCACACCAACAGUAACCAGGCAAAACAAAAAGCACAACUCCAACCGGCGCAGUAGGAUAAGAGACAAUAUUGGAGUGAACGAAGACAUGAAUGAUCUGACCAGGGACAGAAGACAUACUUGUCCCAUCUGUGCCAAACGUUUUAAAGAGUCAAGCCAUUUGAGGGAUCAUGUGAGAAUCCACACAGGAGAGAAGCCGUUCCUGUGUAAGGAAUGUGGCAUGAACUUUAGGCAGAGAGGAACUUUGACUUUGCACAUGAGAAUCCACACGGGGGAACGGCCACACCAGUGCAGCGACUGUGGUCGGCGCUUCAAUCGAAAGGGCGACUUGGAGACUCACAGGAUGACUCAUACGGGGGAAAGACCCCAUCUGUGCGUGUUGUGUGGGAAAAGGUUUAAAAGGAAGAGCAACUUAAACACACAUCUAAACAUCCAUUCAGAGAACAAAAUGGAUUACAUACAACAGUUGUGAUAUAUGAAUGUAUGAAUCAUUCAGGUAGUGGCCAUCUGGAAAACAUGGAUUGUCGGAGACUUCAAUAUUGACUGUUUUAAUAGAAGAUCAAUUUUUAUUAUAGCGGAAAAAUUUGUGAUUUGUUACGUUGAUGGGCCUCUAGAAAUUUAACAUUAAAUACAUUUAAGAUGAUGUGAAUAUUAGCUUUGCCCUUUCAUUACUGAAGCUAGGCUCUAUUCAUUCGAUUUUGUUUUCAUUUGAAGUGAGGAUGAAGGCCGGCUUCAUGUUACUGGCAGGAUGUACAAAACUGCUACAGACCCAGUGAUAAAGCUACAUUCAAGGUACGCACCCACAGUUUGGUUGUCAUUACUUACAAAUUCCUCAUGGGGCCAACAGAAACUAUGCACUAUAGCUUUCAGAGAAAUCUUAAAUCUGCACAUAAAUAUUUUUAUAUUCACA